UAUUUGGGGAUCGAUAACCGGCAUGUACUAGUAAGUAAAAAUACAUUACUUCUAAAAUAUUCUUUUCAAGGUGAUAUAGUCACUCAACCGAUACGUAUGGUUCCAACACCUCAGCAACCGUUGGCACCCUCUCCCAUAGAGCCGCCUCGCUACCGCGCGCUUCAUUUUCGCGUUAUACGCUUAGAACCGGGAUGCCCAAUGUUUAUCUGUGAAUUUUUUCAUGAAAAAAUUUAUGAUUUAGUUCAUCCGGACAUCUGUCUUGCGGGUUGUGUAUUACACAUGUUCGACAUGGACCGAAUUUUCACGGAUAAAUUGGAUCUACCAAAUAUUGUAUUGGCAAUUCGAAUGCAUGGAGGAGAUAUUGAAUUCGGAGCAAAAGCAUAUGCAGAGCGAGCUGGAGCAAUUACACACGUUAUAGUGGAGUCCAUAAGGACCCAGCAUGCUUUGAAAGAUCGCAAACGUCUGGUAACAAUGCAAUGGUUAGUGGAUGUGCUGAUGAAAAAACAAAUGGAUGUACCGUGGCGACAUGCUCAUCUGCCAUCGGUUUUCAUAGAUGGCUGUAGACCACUAUUGGGGAAGUUGAUUUCGUUUUCUGGUUUCGACGAAAGUGAAAGAGCUGCUAUGAAAUUCAUGGUGGAGGCGAUGGGAGCGAGAUUCACGCCUUACUUGAGCCGUCACAACAAUCUUCUGAUUGCCAAAGCGUUAAAAGUAGAAAAAGCACGUGAAUGGGAUAUUCAAGUAGUAAAUUAUCAGUGGCUAGCUGAUAACUAUGCUGGUCAAAGGGUAGAUGCUGAUAAUCAGCGAUAUCAGGUUGGUAAUUCUGGAAUACUACUCAUGAUCAAUCGAGUACACAUUUCCAUUUCAGCUUGGCCAAAACUACGAUAUUUGGGUGGACGAGCGUGUGAGGAGGUGUCUGAAUGUACACACCUGGUAACGACAAAUGGUCGACGCACGGAGCGGCUGUUGGAGGCGAUUUGUCUGGGGAAGAACAUAGUGAACCCCUACUGGAUAGUCCAUGGAUAUGAAUGUCGGCAGUGGAUGGAUACGCUCGAUUACUUUCUACAUGAUGAAGACCAGGAACGGCAUUUGGGCUACAAUUGUAAACGUAGUGUGGUCAGGGCACGACAUAAGAAAGUGUUUGAGGAUGUUCAAUUUUACAUAACACCAUCAGUGGAACCAAGUCGUGCUGUGCUAACGAAAUUGAUCCGUUUAGCUGGUGGCAUAGUUCAUGAAGAUCGUCCAGCUCCAGCUGAUAUAGCGCGAUGCAUUGAGACGGAUGCGCCAUAUAUCGUGAUCAGCUGUGAAUGUGAUUUACGAAUGGUUCAGUAUUUAUUGGAGUCGGUCUACAAUACCGAUAUGGUACUGAUAGCGUUGAUGCGUCAAGAAUUGGAACCUCAUCCGCUGUACAGAGUGAGCACGGCUUCCUUGGCACGACCGGUACCGCCGCCAUCGUCACAACCGCCAUCGACACCCAGCCAUCCCCAUUUUCGUCCCAUGCCAUCGCAACAGCAGGCGCAUCGAGUCAAAGCCUAA